UUCUUUUGGGAAUAUCAUAUGAUAAACAGUCAUGCCAAUUAAGUUUGAAAUUGAAAUCAAAAGUAAACUAUUCUAAUCAUGGGCUUAAUGUUAUGGUUUCAUAAAACAGGUUUCCCAACAUGUAUCUGUAUCUUGAUUUACUGAGGUAAGCGAGCUGUGGUUUUUGGAUAGGAGAGCCAUAGAUAAAGCUUCACAGGGGCAGGUGGGGCUCCACUGGUGAAUUAGGGGGAAGGCAGAGGAGAGGUGACGCUGAGAACAGCUUAGAACGGAUCCUAAUGAGCCUUUUCUAAUCCGCCCAAAUCUGUGUAACAAUCCCACAAAUGUCAGGCUGUAGUUGAAGGCGAAAGGAAGACACAGGGAUUUGAGCGGCAAGAUAAGAGGGGUAAUCUUCAACACCCACACCUCCCUCCUUACAGAGAGAAGGGAGAGAUGAAAGUGCUGUGCUCGACCCCAAGUGUGUUCUGACUGCUUAUGAAAUUAGUCCAUACUGGGCUGUUAAAUACGGUCACAUACUGUGGCAUUGAGAGGACUGUUUUUUGUUUUUGUUUUUGUUUUAGCAUACAAAAGUAUAGUGAACUAUUUGAAUAACAAUCGCAGUACUAACAAUAACUACUAAUAAAUAAAAUAAACCUAAUGUAAAUGUUUGACGUAAAUCUCCUUUUCACAGUGAUACUUUUUUUCUUAUGUGCCAAAGCAUUAAUAGGACACACCAUUAGCUCACGCUUUUCGUGAAAAUACACCGUUAAAACGAUUACAUAUGCGCAAACAAAGUACUUAGUGGAUUGUAGUUUGUUUCUUCUCUCUCCUGUCUGUGAGCCCGGGUGGGUUUAAAGGUUUUGAUGGACAGAGACGUGGAAAGCCCACCCUCGCGCGUCCGCUGGACAAUGCGAUAUCCCGGAGUGGAUCAUCCAGCGGAAUAGAUUCACUUCAAACUAAUACCAGAACCAAUUUAUAAAAGGACUUUGCUAAUACUCAGUGUUUAUUUGGACACACCUAAGCAAAUACACACGCUUGAAUUGCAGUAACUUUUAUGUAAAGCACAACUUCUGUGCCACAGCGUAGGUUUAUUGCUUAAUGACCUAUUUAUGCCUACAGGAGUUUACUUUCACAUGUAUAACCUGCGUUUGAUAUUUCUAUCGGGCACCGAAAGUAAACAUUUAUAUAACAUAAUGGCGUUAGAUGAGUUCUUGAUUAAUGCGUGUAUUGAUUUAAUGCAUGUUUCCUGUAUGGGAAUCUGAAUAAAUGAUGCAAGUCGCAUGUAACAGCACUGGUUUAAAACGCAUCUUGGAGAAUCCGUUCCGGGUUUUUCUUCGGCUCUGACUGGAUGAUUUGUGUGUAUACGGAGCACACGGGGCAGAUAGAGGAGAGAGACGGGUAUGGAUCCGUAGCUCUUGCGGCUGUCCGUCUCGUUUCCCGGGACUCUCGUUUUGAGUACAGCGAGGCUUGCAUGGUGCAUUUGAAUGAGAACAGGAGCGCACAGCGGCGGAAAACAAAGACGCAAAGGAGCAAGCUGGCUGCGCGGCGGGGGAUGCUCGGCACAAUAGCGAAGACCACACUCUUCUGCUUCAGGAGGACCGUGUUGCAAUAACAUUUCCCCCCAGACAGACAAGCCUCGCUGCGGGGAACAGGAAUUUGAAGCCGGACUUUACUUUUCAGGCAAAUAUGAGGACGGGCUUUGAACUGGACGUCUAGGCGACUUUUAGGAUUUUUAGAAAGCGCAUAUAGUCAAAUGACAGUCUCAAAAACGCACCGGCACAGCAAAGGAAAAUCAGCUUGGAUUUUGGGCACCACAGCGAUUUUGAUCUGAUAUUGUUUAUUAUUAUUAUUAUUAUUAUUAUUAUAGUCAUUAAUAUUAUUAUUAUUAUUAUGUGCUCUAGAAAUCACCAGUUGUGGGUGAAAUCACGCCAGGAACAUAUUUGACUUUGUUUAUUGUCAUAUUUAAAUUAAUUUUCUUGUAUUUGGGUUCUGAAGAAUGUACGUACUUGAUGGUAAUUACCCGGAAAGGAUGGAGCGGGGCACGCCACAAAGGAAAACCGUAUACAGGAUAUCUUUGACACUAGUGAAAAAAGAAACUCUGCAGGAUGGCGGAGGCUCAGCGCACCGGCGGCUGGAGAACCCUAAAGUGAGCGCGUACCGGCGCGAGGGAGCCGCUGACGCUCAGCGCAGCUCCCCGCUGGAAGAACUGAAAGAAGUGGAGGACGAGACGGACGAGUUUUCUGCACACUCUUACAUGAGGAACUUCAGGACAUUCAGUACUGGACAUCUAGAGUUGGGCAGGUUGAAAAUCUCAAGGCGGGCUCAGCAUUUACACAAAGACAAGGAAUUAAAUGAAACGUGCAUCCUCCCAGAGAAUGGACAGAGCAAGGUCACUGAAAAUGGGGCACUAGUGCACAAAAAGGUUGAAGAUAUUGCUUCAGAAAAUGACAGAUUGAAUUGUGAUGCUGAGCAUGGAGAAAUCUGCAGCACAGAUGCUUCUAAUAGAGAAAACACAAGCAUUCGAAAGAAAAUCCUGAAGACUUCUCGGAGCACAGAGGAACCGGUCAGUACAUGGUUAGAAGAGACCUCUGAGGGUGGCAGGAUGGCCAAAGAGAGCUGCAUCUCUUCUUUGCUGGCAAAAGGGAAUGGUAAGUCGCCCAAACCAGCACCUGAAACCCCUCCGGCAAAGAGGCACCCAAGCCUGCUGCGGCGAAGUUUCAGCUUUCGCCACUGGACGGGUGGAGAGUUGAUCCGCAUACGGGCUCUCUCCAAGAAGAAACACCACAGCAGCUCGGGCUGCAUUGGCCGCGAUGGAGAAAACAGUGAAGCCCAAGCUGGCGUGGUUCUGCAAAACAUGGCUUUUGCCGAGUCUGAGUCCACUGAAAAGCGAAACACCUUGGAUGUGGGUGAGGUCCUAAACAAGACAGACUCCGUGACUGAACUAGGCCGCAGGGAGAGGAUGAAGGGCAAGAAUCGAACGCUGGACAACAGUGACCUGCUCAAGCUGUCGGAUAAAGCUUUGAUGGACAAGGAGGGUUUCAUUAGAGGGACAGGCUCCCGUUCCAGUGGACAGGAACGUAAACUCAUCCGAUUCUUCAGUGGUAUCUUUUCAAAGCGAGAUGGGACGUCCACGCCGCUUGGCAGUCCAAGCAACCGUGGUCUCCGGAAGAACGGCCUACUGGGAAGUCAGCGGCGAUCAGAAAUUAGCUACUCUCAGUCCAGCACCGAAAGUGUUAACGGAUGCCAACCGGACGAUGCCUUUGUCAACAGUCAGGAGUGGACACUCAGUCGCGCCGUACCAGAGCUCAAAGUGGGCAUUGUGGGUAACUUGGCCAGUGGGAAGUCUGCCCUGGUGCACAGGUAUCUGACAGGGACCUACGUGCAAGAAGAGAGCCCUGAAGCUGACGUGGAUGCAGGAGGACGUUUUAAAAAGGAGAUCGUAGUGGAUGGACAAAGUUACCUCCUCCUAAUCAGGGAUGAAGGGGGACCUCCGGAGGCUCAGUUUGCGUUGUGGGUAGAUGCGGUGAUUUUUGUAUUCAGUCUGGAAGAUGAGAUCAGCUUUCAGACGGUCUACCACUACUAUAGUCGCAUGGCCAACUACCGCAACACAGCAGAGGUGCCCCUGGUGCUUGUGGGAACUCAGGAUGCUAUCAGUGCAGCUAACCCUCGUGUCAUCGAUGACACCCGCGCUCGCAAACUGUCCAACGACCUGAAGAGGUGCACAUAUUACGAGACCUGUGCUACCUACGGCCUCAACGUGGAGCGCGUCUUUCAAGAUGUGGCUCAGAAAAUAGUUGCGACCCGGAAGAAACAGCAACUGUCAAUCGGACCCUGUAAGUCACUGCCCAAUUCUCCAAGCCACUCCUCCGUCUCCGCAGCGCCUGUGUCCGCAGUGCAUAUCAGCCAGACCAGUAAUGGUGGAGGCAGUUUGAGCGAUUACUCUUCUUCCGUGCCAUCCACUCCCAGUACCAGUCAGAAGGAACUACGUAUCGAUGUACCCCAAACCGCCAACACCCCUACGCCCGUCCGCAAACAGUCCAAACGGCGCUCCAACCUCUUUACGUCUCGGAAGGGAAGCGAACCAGACAGGGAGAAGAAAGGGAUGGAUGGCCGCGCAGACAGCAUUGGAAGUGGCCGCGCUAUCCCAAUUAAACAGGGCAUGUUGCUGAAAAGAAGCGGCAAGUCACUGAACAAGGAGUGGAAGAAGAAAUACGUCACGCUUUGUGACAAUGGACUCCUCACGUAUCAUCCUAGUCUGCAUGAUUAUAUGCAGAAUGUUCAUGGGAAGGAGAUCGACCUGCUGCGGACUACAGUGAAGGUUCCAGGGAAGAGGCCCCCUAGGGCCAUCUCCACAUGUGCGGCCCCCAGUCCCAAAACCAAUGGGAUGACCAAGGACAUGAGCAACCUGCAGCUUGGACAGACACCAGGAUCUGUGACCAGUAGUUCUUCAGCGUCUCAGAUGGCGAGUGGCAUCAGUCUGGUGUCGUUUAACAGUCGGCCGGAUGGGAUGCAUCAGCGCUCGUAUUCUGUGUCCAGUGCUGACCAAUGGAGUGAUGCCACAGUUAUCGCCAACUCAGGAAUCAGCACGGAUACCGGUCUGGGAGAUUCUGUGUGUUCCAGUCCAAGCAUAUCCAGUACCACCAGUCCUAAGAUAGAUCCACCUCCAUCGCCUCACGCCAACCGCAAAAAACACAGGAGGAAGAAGAGCACCAGCAACUUCAAGGUGGAUGGCUUCUCUGGAAAUGCAGAAGCCAAACGUAGGGCAUGGAAACUAAAUCGCGUCGGUAGUCUGCGCAACAUUUACAGCAGUGCCUCCAAUGCUGAAGAACAAGAGGACAACUUUGAGUUCAUCAUCGUUUCUCUGACGGGACAGACCUGGAAUUUUGAGGCAACGUCCUAUGAGGAGCGGGACGCAUGGGUUCAGGCUAUUGAGAGCCAGAUUCUGGCGAGUCUGCAGUCCUGUGAAAGCAGCAAACAGAAGUCUCGUCUGAGCAGCCAAUCAGAAGCCAUCGCUCUGCAGUCAGUCAGGAACAUGAGAGGAAACACGCGCUGUGUGGACUGUGAAGCCCAGAACCCUGAUUGGGCCAGUCUGAACCUGGGGGCUUUGAUUUGUAUAGAAUGUUCAGGCAUUCAUCGCAACCUGGGUACUCACCUGUCUCGUGUGCGCUCUUUGGACCUGGACGAAUGGCCUCUAGAGCUCAUCAAGGUCAUGUCGGCCAUCGGCAAUGAGUUGGCUAAUAGUGUGUGGGAAGCCAAUGCUCAAGGACGCCUAAAGCCUGCCCCUGAUGCCACCAGAGAGGAACGUGAGCGCUGGAUCAGAGCCAAAUAUGAGCAGAAGUUGUUUUUGGCAUCGCUGACGUGCACAGAGCUGACUUUGGGACAGCAGUUACUGCGGGCCACGGCGGAGGAAGACUUGCGCUUCGUGGUCAUACUGCUGGCCCAUGGCUCCAGAGAUGAGGUCAAUGAAACCUGUGGGGAAGGUGAUGGCCGGACAGCCCUGCACCUGGCCUGCCGCAAGGGAAAUGUUGUGAUCACGCAACUGCUCGUAUGGUACGGUGUUGACAUCAUGGCACGGGAUGCUCACGGCAAUACGGCACUGGCAUACGCACGGCAGGCUAACAGUCAGGAGUGCAUGGAUGUCCUCCUGCAGUACGGCUGUCCUGACGAGCGUUACCCGCUCAUGGCCACCCCAAACCUGUCACGCAGAAACAAUAACCGCAAUAACAGCUGCAGCAGCAUGAACAGUGCAGUUAUAUGAGAAGUACACUCACAUACACAUGAACAUGUAUUCUGGUCAGCACUCCUCCUCCCUCCCUACACACACUCCUUCACAUGUACAGCUGCACCACUACAUCAGAAUCAUGAGACUAUACCGGACUCAAGGGAAAGCCCCCGACCGACACUGAUGAAGAAGCAUGAGCAGAGCUACUGUGUUUGCCUGACUUUACAAUCCCACUGGUUGAAAAAGUUGUCAUGGGCAAGGGCUUGGCCAGUCAUGUGUCAUCCAUUUUUUUUUUUUUUUUGGGAGAGUGUCCCACAUCCAGUGUCUCGCUGCAUUGUGGAACAAAAAUUCAAACAAUCCCGGAAAACACCAGGUUUUCUGACUGUGCCAGGUGCAUGCUGGGAGAAUAGAGUGUGUGUUUGGUAACUGAUGAGCAGGUGUCAUAUCAGUCUAAUAAAUGACAAAGCAAGACAGGAAAUGAUUGAGCAGCAUGGGAUACUUUUAAGCUGGAUCUUUAAAAUGACCCAGAAGAACCAGAGAACUUCACUUGGUCGCCGUGUGUUUCUGAACUUCCAUCUCACCACUCUGACACUGAUUUUUCUGUCUGAUCUUAUUUUCUCAGACUUGUUUUUGCAUCCGUUCUAUGCCCAUUAGGACUUUUUUUUUUUUUUUUUAUUGAGCCCUGAGUUUGAAUCUGACAUGGUCUUUAAACUGUUUUUGUUUUACGUUGUUGAGUAGCAUUUGUCUAAGUGCUCAUUACUGGACCAACGGCAGAUUCUUAAAAACAAGUAUUUUAAGAUUCAUGUUCCUCAGAAGUAAAAGGGAAUUGUGUUUUUAUUUUCAUCAGCUUUUAUUCAGCAGAUUUUUUUACCUUAAAACAUUAAUCUAGCCAUAUAUGUCGCCCAUACGUCAACUCGCUGUUUACUUGAGCUUACAGUAAAGUUUGCAGGCAUUUCAGAAGUGAAAUAACCCAUCCAGAAUCCAGAAAUUAGAAGUGCAGGACUGAAGCUCAGUCGUUCAGAUCUCCACAGAGUAUCAGGAAAACAUAGGACUGAACCUCAUGUAUCUCAAAGAAGAGAAGGGCUCUCUGGGUCUUCAGUCCUGAUCUGUACAUACUCUUCUUCCUUUUUUCUCUCUUCUUCUAUUUUUUUUUUCUAAGUAGUGUACUAUAUAGUAAAGCUUUUCAAGAAAACUCUCCCCCUGACAAAAGGCGUUAUUAUAUAGUUUUACCUCACCCCCUUCUUGUUUCAGUGCAGUCUGAAGUUGCAAUUGUGCCUGUCUGAGUCGACUUCACUCUUUCCGCUCCCUUUCUCUGAAUCGUUCUUCAUAGCUUAGUUUUCCUCUUUGCCUUUGUCUUCUUCCUUUAUCACGUGUCAAUGAGUAUUAAAGCAAUACAAAGUCAAGAUUCAGCCAGGUAGACACAUGAGUAAUAGUUUUUGACCGCGUUUUGGACAUCACCACACUAGUCUGCGCUGCCGUUGUUAUUAAGAGAUGUAAACCCGAUGUAAGACUCUGUCUCAGGGCGUAUAUGUCAUUACUAGAGAUCCCAUGAAGGCUUUGAUAUUGACUUAUUCCAUAAUGUGAUUUGAUGGGUUUGAUCAUUUAAUCUCAGCUGCCAUUGAUUUUACUCUUCACUUGGUAGUAGAAAUGUGAAGGUACUUGUCUUAGGGUUGAAGAUGGGAGAAGAUCUGUGUUGUCGAAUGUAUAUUCCACAAAACAAACGAUCUGGGAAGUCGAUUUGAUAGACAUUUGGGACUGUGUAGAGAAUCUUUCUGAGCUUUCAAAGGCUUUAGUGAAGGAUGUGAGAAUAGAAAUAAAGAUAGAGGUAUGUUGAUUUUCAGCUCGUAAGCGUGCAGUUUUUGCAUUGUGUAUAUAUAACGUAGCAGGCCUUUAGAGGCUUUACCACAAUAACCAUUAUUUAUGACUAAAUGCACUACAGAACACAGAUCACUUGUUGUGAAGAACCCACAAAAUAAUGUCCACUCUGAAUCCUUUUUGUGGAAAAACACUUGUUUUUGAUCUUUUUGCAUGAAUGGAUGUAAAUGUUCUCUUCCUUGUGUAAAUGUCUUCGUCUUCAUAACAAUGACUGUACCCUGACAGGUGACGCUAAAGAGUCUGCCAUUUUAAUCUGAAAAAAUACUUUUUAUCAACUUUCUUCUUUUUUUGUCUGUCCUCCCAUCUGCUUCUUGUGUAAUUCUUCUUCUUGGGUAAAACAUCUUUUUGGAUCAUCUGUCCAUCUGUAACUGAAUAAAGAAGGCAUGAAUGAGCAAAAUAAACAAAAAUUACAAGCAAAUAAUGCAGACUUAAAUGGGGCUUUAUCAUUACGUUCCAAGUUGCUUGAAAAAAUUCUCAGUUUUAUUUGCAUUUCCAUUCACCAGUCAUCGCUUUGUGUAAAUAGAUGUAAAAAUUGAGAAAAACAUAGUGUUUUUACCUUGUUUUUGUUUGUUUGUUACCUCAUUUCAAUGACAGUCUCCAUGUUAAGUUCAAACCCAAGAGACCUGUUUAAUUAUUUAUGAAUAUGCUAAUCUGAAAGGGGAGGAGCUCUCGCACACUACUUGGGUUUUGCAUUUGUUCCUUAAUUUAGUACAUUGGCAUCACAACUAUCAUUCUGAUUCAAAUUAUUGGUGUUGUAUUUCUAAUUAUUAUUGUUAUUAUAUUGAGUUUGUGUCAGCUGUACAGUACUGUGUUGAAAAAUUAUACCUGAUGCAGAGUCUUAUACUGUAUGUGUCUCUUUUCAAUAAAAAGCUUCUUAAUA